AUGUACAGAGAAACCAGUGUAGGCCAGAACACUUGGGUAGAAGGAAUCAGAUCAGAGUCCAGUUUCGAUAGGACAGCAAACGGGCAGUGGGCACUCCUGCAGAACACAUAUGAGCAAGGAGAAAGGCUAAAGAUGGAGAAGCUGAUCCCAGUUGCUUUGCUCCUAGUCACUGUGUUUGACAGUGGAGUAGUCAGUCUUGCUGAAGAAUCUGCCGUACCAAAUGAAAACAAUCCAGUAUCACAAUUGUCUGUGCUCAGACUUUCAGCUGCAAAUAUAGAUUUUGCCUUACGUCUCUACAGACAGAUUGCCUCUCAGCCACGCUCAAUUUCCAAGAAUAUUUUCUUCUCUCCUAUUAGUGUCUCUGCAGCACUUAGCAUGCUAUCUUUGGGUGCAAGAGAUAACACAUGCAAUCAGCUUCUACAGGUUCUUGGGCACAGGAAUAUGUCCCAAAAUGAUGCAGUGGAAGUGCAUGAAGCAUACAAAUACCUCCUGCAAAAGCUAACCAGAGAAAAUAGUGAACUGCAUUUAACAAUGGGUAAUUCUUUGCACAUCCAGCAGGAAUUUGUUGUUAAACAGAAAUUCCUUGAGAAUGCAAAGCAGUUUUAUAAGACAGAGGUAAGGAGUGUUAAUUUCAAAGAUCCAGAGAUUGCAAAAGGACAGAUCAAUACUUACAUAAACAAGAAAACAUCUGGUGAAAUUCAAGAUUUCGUUAAAACCCUUGAUCCAUCAACUGUGAUGAUGCUUCUCAAUUAUGUCUUGUUCAAAGGUAGUUGGAUGAAACCUUUUGAUCCCAAAGCAACUUACGAAGCUGACUUCCAUGUGGAUAACACAACAACAGUGAAAGUUCAAAUGAUGCAGAGGAGGGGGUUAUACCACUCUGGUUAUGAUCAGCAACUUUCCAGUCAUGUGGUUAGGGUUCCAUAUAUUGGAAAUGCAUCCUUGGUGCUGAUUCUACCAGCCCCAGGAAAAUUGGCAGAAGUUGAACAAACUCUGACCAUUAGCAAUUUCCAAAAAUUUUUUCAUUCGUUGUGGCCUAGGUCUACAUCUCUGCAUCUUCCAAAGUUAUUACUGAAGGAAUCCUACCAGCUCAAAGACUUGCUGAAGUCUAUGGGUAUUGUGGAUGUAUUCACAGAAAACUCAAACCUUUCUGGAAUAUCUGAAACUGCACCUCUAAAAGUAUCUAAGGUGACUCAUGAGGCAGUGCUGGAUAUUGAUGAAACAGGAACAAAAGCCACAGCUAUUACAGGAAUUGAAGUACUGCCAUUUUCUGUUCCUUCUGUGUUUGUAUUUAACAGGCCUUUCUUCCUAUUAAUUGCUGACCACACUGUUAAGAGUGUCCUGUUUGCAGGAAGGGUAGUGAACCCCACUAUUACUGAGACGCCAGAUCACCAGCAACCUCCUAACAGACGUGAUCUUGGAGAGACUGCAGGAUUGGAUUUUGCUUUUGGAUUUUUGCAAUGGCAACUACACAAGAAAAAAAUGAAAGUGGAAAUUUUUAUCCUACUGAUAAGUGGUGAAUUAAUGAUCACUGCGAUGGCACAGCAGCACCAAUGUAGCAAGCUACAGCAGCCCCGGAAUUUUAGUUCAGAUUCAGAACAUGACGUUGAAGUCAUACUUUUACCAGAAGCACCAGAAUCAGUCCCUGAUAUGCAAACAAUCUAUACCUUGGCGGAAAAGAACAGGGAAUUUGGUUUUAACCUCUACAGGAAAAUAGCAAACCUACAUGAAGUCAAUGUGUUCUUUUCACCUAUGACCGUCUCCACAAUCUUUGCCAUGAUAUCCCUUGGUGCUAAACAUGUUACAUAUGAUGACAUACUCCGAGGCCUAAACGUAAAAGAUUUGAUCAAAACUGACAACCCAUACCUAUUGCACACAUUGUAUCAGUGGCUUCACUGCAAUUUUAGCAGCAACAAAGAUCUUCAUAUCUCAGGGGGAAUUUCUUUGUUUGUACAAGAUGACAUUCACUUGAAACCAACAUUCAUCAAUGAUGCUUCUUAUUUUUAUAAUGCUGAUAUAACUCCCGUAGAUUUUCAAGAUACAGCCAACACCACAGACAUCAUUAAUCAAUAUAUUGACAAUAGAACAAAUGGAAAAAUCAACAGGUUGCUUGUUUCUGUGGAUAGCAAAACCAAACUUAUGUUUAUUAAUUACAUCUUAUUCAAAGGGAAGUGGAUGGCUCCUUUUGAUCCAAAUGCCACCAUGGAUGGGACAUUCUAUAUAAAUGCAUAUACCAGAAUCAAAGUUCCAAUGAUGUUCAAAGAGGACACAUUUUUCUUAACACAUGAUGAAAGAAAUUCUUGUAUAAUCCUGAAGAUUCCAUACCAAGGAAGUGCAAAUAUGUUGGUGGUGAUACCAAAGAAUGGAGAAUACCUACAUGUGGAAGAUGAGCUAACAACAGAAUUAAUUGCCGAGUGGAUCAAAGCACUGAAACCUAAGAAAAUAGAAUUAUAUUUUCCAAAAUUUAAAUUGGACAAGUCGUAUAACAUGGAAAGGAAGCUGAGACAACUGGGAAUUAUAAAACCCUUCACAAACACUGCCAAUUUUUCUGAAAUCUCUUCAUCUCACCAUCUGAAGAUUUCCAAGGUUAUUCACAAAGCAGUGAUUGACGUGGAUGAGAGAGGAACAGAAGCGGCAGCAGUCACCAGUGUUGCAGCAGUGCCUUAUUCACUUCCAACUAUGAUAAAAGUGGACCACCCUUUUGUUUUCAUGAUAUAUGAAGAAAUAACAAACAUGCUACUGUUUAUAGGAAGGGUGAAAGAUCCCACCAAGAGUUAAUGUUCUGGUGAAAUUAUUGUUUUUGAAUUGAUUUUUGGUUUGUAAAUUAGGCAUUACAAUAAUGAUGUUGAAAGGAUUAGCAAUAUUGUGUGUCGUCUAUAACAAUAUAGAAAAUAGAAUAAUCAAGUUGAUUCAAUUUUUCACAUUUGGAAACAUUUGAUAACUAUGUUUAAUAUUUAAAAGCAUUGAAAUAAAGGAGUCCUUUUCUCAAAAA